GAAUGGAGCCCACUGCACUUGACAACCAACCAGGAAACUGAAAGACAGGAGGGAGAGUGUUUGGAUCUGCAGGAGAAGAAAAAGGAGAAGAAGAAGAAGCAGCAUCACUUUCAGUUCUUCUCCAGCCUCUCUUUGUGUCUGACUUUUAACCAUACGGACUAGACCCCUCCCCAGGUUAAUUCUUAUUCUUCAGAGCGGGAUCUUCUUUACUCUUUUAGUCCUUUUCUUAUCAACAUGCAGGUUCUGUUGACGGGCUUACUCCUCCUCUGUUUCACACGUGGUGGACUCUGCACAGAUGUGGACCAGGAUCAGCGAGCGCUAGAGGAGGAGCUUCUCAGCAGUCUCUUCACUUCUAAGAUGAAACAGAAUAAGCAGAGUGCCCCCUACUGGCGCGUGUCGCUGCCCAACCUGUGCCGUGUGGUGAGCAGUCUGAGGCAGGAGGUGUGGAGCGGCGAGGAGGGCGAGGAGGAGGAGGGCGAGAUGAAGGAGGGGGGCCUCCAGCUGCUGGAGGAGCUGUACAACCUGCAACACAUCUGCAGAGCGCUGCAGAGCCGGGAGGAGAGGCUACUCCACGACUCUCUGGAAUAUUUAGACGAGAACAGGGACACUCCGCUGAAACGAAAAUCACCCUACAUCCUGAAGAGACAAGCAGGGCAGAGCACCAAGUCCCGGAGGCCGUACAUCCUAAAACGGAGCACAAUUUACUGACGACAUUCCCACAGGACCAGACUGCGUUCCUGCUUUGAAGACGUGACAUGCUAUUUUUCCUCCAUAUAGCUUCUAUGUUUUAUUUUCUGUUCCUGUCCAGCAUCGAGGCCUGUCUGUAUUCUGCUCCUCUCAGCUAAAAGUCCUGAAAAGAAAUCUCCCCGAGCAUCGAGCAAAAUCAUGUAUCUCUGAGAAACUAUAUUUAUUUACUCUAUUUCUUCACUGCACUCUGAGUCUAUUUUGUUUCAGGAUAUGAUUAAAGGAUUCAUGAUACAAAACCA